UCAGUGGACGCCUCGUAAGUGAAGUUGAUUUUAUUCAACCGGUAGUUAAUUUGGAGUAUAAAGUGCCUUCAUUGCUGUCAUUCAUUCAUCAGACAUUUUCCCUCACAGGUUUUGAGCUCUUUCAAAAUCAACCAUCUCACCCUUCAUCCCUUAAGGACAGCUCCUCCUCCUCCUCUCCGUUAGCCAUGAGUGACAGUGACGAUGACGUCCCUGCGCUGUCGGCUCACACUCUGGCCGCCCUGCAGGAGUUCUACAACGAGACCAGCACCGGUCCAGCACCAUCAGACCAGUUCGCUGUGGGAGCACUGGAGGAGGACUGGCGGAUGAGCCAGUUCUGGUACAGUGACAAGACGGCAACUCAGUUAGCUGAGGAAGUCAUACGUGAAGCUGGAGAGGGAGGCAGGAUAGCAUGUGUGAGCGCGCCCAGUGUGUACCAGAAGUUGAAGCAGGGCGUGGUGGACGGCUCGGAUCGGGUGUCUGCCAUCGUCUUGGAGUACGAUCGCCGAUUCGCCGCCUACGGUGACGACUUUGUCUUCUACGACUACAACGAGCCGCUGUCUCUUGGGGCCAACUUGCCUACUCAGAGCUUCGACAUCGUCCUCGCCGACCCGCCGUAUCUGUCAGAGGAGUGUCUGAGCAAAGUGGCUGAAACAGUCAAGUACCUGAGCAAAGGCAAAGUGCUGCUGUGCACAGGAGCCAUCAUGGAGAAACUCGCCAAAGACCUUCUGGAUUUAAAAAUGUGCAGCUUCCUGCCAAAACACAACAGAAACUUGUCUAAUGAGUUCCGCUGUUAUGUCAACUAUCCGUCUCGCCUGCUGUCCUGCUGAGGAGCCGAACCCCCGUCAGACCGACAGCUCAGGGAGGACGUUUCCCAGCACAGUGCUUUAAAACAGUGGUACUGUUUUCUUGUACUGUUGAGGAAUGAAAAGAUGUUUGAAGACCUGCAGCAAAAGUGGAAAUUUUCUGUGUUGAUUUUAGUUAACACCUAAGAAAUUACAAAGGGGGGGGGGGAGUCUCAAGACUCAAAGAAAGCUUGUAUUUGGCAGCCGGUCGGCUUUCUUCAAAAAUCAUUGACAAUAAUUUUAAUGUAACGCCAAAUAUUUAGUGGUUUCAGCUCCAACGUGAUGUUUUGCUGCGUAAAUUAAAUACAUUUUGGGUCCUGGACAAAACACUUUUGAAGAUGUCACCUUUGGCUCUAGGAAAUUGUGAUGGACAUGUUUCACCAUUUUCUAGACCUUUUAAUGAUCUAUUGAUUAGUUUACAUCAGUCAAUUAAAGGUAAACUACACAUGGAGCACUAAUCAGCCUGUAAACAGAUGUAUAAUGUCCUGUCACUCUUGAGGUACCUGUCAACACCGGAAGAUUUUUUUUUUAAACAAAAAGCAAGUAUUUUACUAACUCAGCGUAGCUCCAACAAACUUUAAUGGGAGUCUGUAACAUAUGGACAGCUCCUCUACCAGACACCUGGAGUGGUGAACAGUUCAGCUAGAGAAUAAACAGUUUCUUACAUGAUUCAUUUGAUUCUUCAGAGGAUGCACAGAGGCACAAACUGUUCGGUAUUUAACCAAAAAAAAGCUGGAAGAAUAAAAAAAAAAGGAAAGAUAGUAUUUUUUGUAAUGGGUGGGUUUAUUUUCUUCUCCCCUUAUAAUAAUCUGAUGAUCACAACGGCUGACAUACUGCUGCUAAACCAAUUGAUAUCUGGAAUUUUGAACCAGUUCCAGUUUCCUGAAAAUACAAAAGGACACUGGGAAAUGUGCUAAAAUCUUAGUUGUACAAUUGCUGGGAGAGGUGAGCUAACUCUGCAGACUGAUGUCCAGAAAUGUCAAAGAACUGCAGUCAUCUGGAAUAGUUGUUGUUUUGAUGACAAGUUGUUAUUGAAGUGUGUCGGAAUAACAAUGAAUGUAAUGACCAGA